CUGGACAAGGAGGGUCGGUCAUUGCUGCGCGCGCACUGGGAGGCGUGCCGGGGAUCAGACGUGAGGUUGCAAGCGUACUGCGCCCUACGCCGCUGCAAGCUGAUCGCUAAGGACGGCAAGCUGCGCAAGGCUGCUCUAGCACACGUUGCAAGAGGCCUGCCCGCUGACGUCACCAAGGUGUUGGAGAGAUGUGCUAACCAGACGGGUGACACCCCAGCGGACAUGGCAUGGAACAUUUUCCGUUGUGCCUUUGACCCCAAGUCGUUGCUCAUUGACGUCACUACUACAGAAUUAACUUUCCAACGAUUGAACACACCAUAA